AUGUUUUUGCCUCAUAUCAGUAUUGUAGAAUUGGAACAAACAUUUUUCUCAAAAGUAUUGCCUAAGACUCUACAGUUAUUCGAUAACUUGAUGUAUGAAUUAUCCAAUCAGGCCAAAGAUUUAACCAGCCAGAAUACAGAAUUAUGCAGUACUUUAAGGGAUCUCUUACAGACUGUGGUGCAGCUGCUGGAGACUCUGACCAGCUGCGUGCGGUUCGUCUGCACGCUCCAAGCGCGUGUGCCUCUGGAGAGCAUCCGCACCCUCCCGUCCUCUGUUCUUUACGUGAUAAAGAACACUUUUACACACUGUAAGGACAGUGAAUCAGUGUACUGUGGGCAUCUGCACUUGAUUUCUGACCUCCUACAAGCUAUGUUCAAGGAAACAUAUUCUCUUCAGAAACAGCUGAUGGAACUACUUGAUACAAUUUCUCUGGGCUCUGCUUCUAGUGAAGAUAACAUUGCAGAUAUGGUAUCAGUAAUCCACAGUGUGCUGGAGAUCUGCUCUGUCAUUUCCAAUAUGGACCAUGCGAUCCAUGCAAACACAUGGAAGUUCAUAAUCAAGCAAAGCCUGAAGCAUCAUGCCCUCCUUCAGGGCCAUCUGAAACACAGUGAAAUCAUCAGUGGCCUGUGCAAUGAUACUCUUUUUUCUUUUCACUCCUGUUUGCAACUGGCUGAGCAAAUGAAGGUGUCGGAUAUACAGGAGGGCACUGACCUCAAGCUAUUCCAGAAGACAGUCAAACUCUGCCGAUUUUUAGCUAAUUCUCUUGUCCACUACACCAAGGAAUUUCUUUCUUUCUUCUCGGAUUUGUGCUCUCAAUUACACCAGCUGUUUCUUCAAAUAUACAGCAAGUUUCCUCCCAGUCUCUAUGCUCCAGUAAUCUCAGAGGUUCAUCGAGAUGAAAUAUCCAGAGUUUUUCUUGUGGCUCUAGACCCGCUAAUCAACCAGCUUCUUCCCUUUAGCCCUUUUAUGGAGCAAGUGUUAAGUGAAAAAUUAGGUCUUCCUCCUGAGCAGCAACUGCCCCAAUGUCUUCUGCUGAUUGGCAUAAUGGAUAAAUUGUCCUCUCAACCUGAAGAAGUGCAAAGUCUCUGGAACACGGGAAGAAGCUUGUCUUUGUACUCGGCCCUUUUUCUCAGUUUCCAGCAAUGUUCCGGCGAGCUCUCCCUCCCUGUUUGUUUGCCAGAGGCUAUUGGUACAGGACAGCCAGCGAUUCCCAUCACCCUGUAUCAUUACGUCUGUGUCCACCUCUGCUCCUUCAUUGCUUCCACGCUCCCGUCACACUUUCCUCAGCUGGAGCGUGCUUUGCUGGAUGCUGUGCUUGGUUCUAGUAUGAUCACAUCUUUGCUAGCUAUGGAUUCAUGGUGUUUCCUUGCCCGGUAUGGAACAGCUGAACUGUGUGCCCACCACGUUUUUGUGAUAGCCCAUUUGAUAAAGUCUUGGCCUAAUGAGUGUUACCAGGUUUCAGCCUUGGGUGUUCUGCUGAGGCGUAUGCUGUUCUUAAUGGCUCCAGAUCAUCAGGUAGAAUUUACUCAGAAGUUUCUUCCCAAAGAAGUGGAAAACUUGGCAGUGUGGCAGCAUAUAUCCCUCAAAGCCCUAAAUCCUGAUCUUAGGAAACAAGUGGCACAUCAGCUCUGCGUGGCAGGGCUGGCACAGUGCAGGCAAUGGCUGACUAGCAGGCGCGCUUUGGCAGAGCUCCGACCUGUGAACGCUGCUUUUGCUGUCAUGUUGACUGCCUGUAAUUCCGCUGGUGACACUCUGGAGGGAGAGCUGCAGGCAUCUAUCUCAGGAGUGCUUGGUCAGUUCUGGACUUUUCUCCAGGCUAAGCAGGUGUCAGAUGACCCAUGUCUCCAGCAGACUCUGUGCUUAUUACUUCACCUCUUGGAAUUUUUCAUUCAAACUUUAGAUGCUCAACUAAUUACUCAGGUUUUUGCACUGCAGUCUUCCCUUUUCCAGUUAGAUCCCCCAGAUCACAUUCGUCUAGCAGUGCUGGAUUUUCUGUCUUCUAUGGGAAAGGUGUUUAUACCACAAGAAGCCCAGAGGCAAGUUGUACCUCAGUUGUCAUCUUUGUUUGCUUCUCUGCUAGCUGACCAGACAUGGCUGAUUCAUCAGCAUGCACUGGAGGCAUUCACACAUUUUGCAGAGGAAACAAGCCACGAAGAUGUAGUUCCUCAGUGCCUUAAUUCUGAAGAAACGAAGAACAAAGUUGUUAGUUUUCUGGCUAAGACAAGGCAAGGAGAAGAGACAACGGAAGCACGAACAGAACGCAUGAAACAAGAAAGGAUUAUCUACAGUGCUCAUUUUCUGAAAAAGACUGGAGAGCUGGACCCAGCAGAAGAGCCUCUGGCCAAAAGAGCAUGUCACCCACCCUCAGAGGAGCAGUAUAAGUCAGCAGUAGGCACAAUGGAGGGGGCAGUGGAGGCUGUGAAGCUGCUGCUCCAGAAAGGGUCACCCCCCACAUGGCUGGCAGCGAAACUGGAGGCUCUACAUGCAGCUGUAGCCACUUUGAGGAACAGUGUACGGUAAGGUGGUGGUGAGCAGGUUUUAAACAUGCUAAAAAUGCU